AUGCAUACCUCAACUAUUUCUGACCAAACUGUUCGAGGAACUCUCGCCCGCUACGACGGCGCCAGCCCCGGUAAAUACUUAAGUGACUCAGAUAGCUAUAAUGAUAAUGAUAAUGAUUCUGAUUGCAGAUCAGAUGAUUAUAAUAACUACGAGUCUAAUUAUGAGUCCGAUAAUGAAGAAGCUUCCUGCACUUCAACCAGCACUACCGAAGCUGUGAAAGAACGAAAGGUUAAUGUGACAUAUACUUUGAGGCAAGAAAAUUUUAAUGAUAAAUUUUCCCCUAAGGAUUUGCUAAAUGCCAUUCAGGGAAUUCUCUCAUCACCACCUAGAGAUAUGUCGAAUGACAAAGGAUCAUUGGAUUGCCUCCCAAUCUAUUCAUUCUUAUUUCUGAAUGAAAAAGGCUCUAGCUUGUAUAAUGCCUAUGACCGAAGUGAGAUGGAAGAUAAAUUAGUUAUCAAAAUCGACCAAGAUGGUGAUCAUGUCCCCAAAUUUUCUGUUGCCGAUAACAUUUCUGAAGUAUAUGGCUUACCUGGGAUUCAUGAAUGUAUUAAUGGUCAGAAACCUUUAAGAGCCGUGAUUAACAUAGAUGCUUCGCAAAAAGAUAUGGAAACAACUGUAAUCGCUACAUCAUCGGAUCUUAGCAAGUGUAGCUAUCAUAUUUUAUAUGCUCCAGCUCUUCUUAUUGAUCAUUGCGAACUCAAGGCAUUUACUGAAUUAGUAUAUACCAUAACCGGUGAAAAAUUCGGCAAAUAUAUUGAUAGAAUAUUGCCUGGUCAAAAUUUUAACCUCCGCCUAAUUGGUUCGGCAAAAAAAGGUCGUGUAAAGCGUAUUCUUCAAUUCUCUCUAGAUAAUGGCUGGAAUGAACUUGAUCACGCUAGGGUUCAACCACCUACUAGUUUAGGACUUGAAGUAAGACCUCGUAUGCUUAGCACAGAAAAAAAUAAUAAUCCGCUAAGAAUAUCCGUGGGUUUGAAUAUAUUGCAAAAAUUUGCAGAACUAGUUUUACAAAAGCAUUCUAGCUAUCUUAGGGAUUGGAUUAUCGAAGAAAAGGACUUAGAAAACUUCGUAUAUUUUAACCGAAAAGCUCCACUAGGAUGUCCACUCUGCAAACGUAUACAUGACAAGGAUCAGCGUGAUGAGCGAGGGGUAGUUUUUGAAUGUGACCCAUUUAUUGCAGAAAAAAUUCAGCAAGAAAAUAAAAAAUCUCUGCAAUCCUCUCACAAAGUCAAAGUUCUGGGCUUCCCUAAAGCCUUCGUAAAUUUCCCAUCUUGGGCUAAGUAUAAUGAGUCCCUUUCAGCAACAGAAACAUAUGAGGAGAGAUAUGUAAGACCAUUACCGAAUGAAGGCGAUAUCUAUGUAGGUUCGCCUUGGGAGACAGGAAAAACAUAUGUUUUAGAGCAUCUUACUAUAUCUGACGACGUGAAUUUGCUAGUAUUAUCUACGCGCCACUCUUACUCGAAUGCUGUUACUACCAGACUUAAUCUUAAGUCAUAUUGCGAUAUCGAUGAAAAAUUGUAUAAAUUAAUCCAAAAGGCUAGGCGCAUUAUUGUUAUGGAUAAUGACCUAACGGACCUCAACAUUGAAUGGAUUAAGGCCCUUCGUAAGAAUAUACCUUUUUCUAUUAUUCAUAAUACUUACCAGCCUCAGAAAGGUAAGACAUUCCGCUUGGCUCCUAAUAAAGAAACUGUGUUAGCUGAACUUUGGGAUUGGGCUAGGCAAAUAUCUUCACUACCUUUUGAGAAUCGGAAAAGUGCUUCACUUAUCUGCCAUCUUAGAAAAGAUGUACAAGGGAUUGUUUGUACCCUUAAGACCGAUUUUCCAGAAUUGCGAAUCAAGGAAUAUCAUGGUAAAUCUGAUCCAGUAGAAAAGGCUCAAGAUUUUAGCAAUGUAGAAGAAUCAUGGAUCGAUGUAGACCUUGUUGCAUAUACUAGCACUCUAAAAAUAGGGGUAUCUUGCAUUAAUCCUAAGUUUGAACGGGCAUUCUGUCUCUUUAAUAGCUACAUAGAAACAAACGCCAGAACGAAUCAGAUGCUAUUCCGCAUGCGAUGUAUUAAGGAUUAUGUAUGUCAUAUCGAGCAAAGAUCGUCUAAUAUUCCCAUUACAGAGAAAGGGUUAUUCCAAUGGUUGGUGAAUGCCAAACGAGAAUGUCUUUCCCGAGAAUUUCAGAAUAGAGGAAUAUUUCCUGAUAUAGACUCUAUCAUCCGGAAUAAGGAUGUACCAACUAUUCGAUUAUGGGUAGCAUAUAUGUUAGAAAAAUUUCGUUCCUGGUGCUUAUUUGGUUGGAGAAUGGUUGAUUUUCUUAGAGAGGCAGGUAUGAUAAUUUUCAUCAUAGAAUCUGACCCUAAAUCUAAUGAAAAUUCAUUGUCGCAGAUAGUAAAAGCAAAAUGUUCUGUUGUUAAAACGGAGGAGAUAUCAGAUAUAACUAAUGCUAAUAUUCUUGAUCGUGAAACUGCUGAAUUUCUAGAGAAUAAGCCAAGAAAGACUUUAGGAGAAAUGCGUUCUUUAGACUGGCACCAUAUUGUGGAUUGUUAUGGAAUUCCGCCUGAAUCGUUGACCGAGGAUUUCAUCUCGAAAUAUGGGAAUUUCAAUCAUAUGAAAUGGUUUAGAGCUUAUAGGCAAUUACGAGAUGCUGGCACUGGUAAUGAAACGGCUGUUGAGGCUAUCACUCGCAAAGAUUACAGAGAAGAUAGGCUUACAACUAUAACCUGGGCUGAGAAGCAUCGGAUUUGCUUAGAAUUGUUAAAAACUUGUAUACCAGCUAAAGAUAUCGAUGAUAGAUCAAGAUAUAAAGCUGAUGAUGUUAAAACAUGCCUGAAUUCUCCUGGGUCAGUAUCGUAUCUCCAGAAUUUAGUACCAAAAAUGGCUCGGGUUUUUGAUAAUUCAGAUACAUCGCGCAGAGCUAAAAAAUCGGGAUUAAAAAUGAAACAGGCAAAACUUGGUUUACUGAACUCAGCACUACAUGUAACUUAUGGGUUGAAAUUUAAGGCUAUAGAUAAGAAUCGUAGACAUUAUCACCUAGUAGGUUCAUUUGAUAGUAAAGACGCUCCUAGAUUUCCUUUAUAUCAAACGGGUGAAGAAAUUUAUUGGGAAAAUGGGGAAGAUACUCGAUAUGGAUAUAGUAAACUCCCGCCCGAUGAAUUAAUAGAUAAUUUUACUAGUUCUAGCAAAGUGGAUAAUGCGCAAAUUACAGAAGAUAUUCAGGACUUAUUUGAUAUUUGCUAA